UGCAUUCAGAGCAUUCAACAGUCAACAGACAUGUUUGAGCGGCAGCACUGCUUCAUGAUGACAAAAUGGGGAUGGACACCAUGGAUGAUUCUCUACUUUACUGUCCCAGGUGUUCUCUCGCUGGUCACCGUUCACCAGCCGCCCGUCCUCACCGCUGCUCUGGGUGGAGACACCAUCAUGCCCUGCGAGCUCCAGCUCUCCCACGAUGAGAAGAUGGUGUCCACUCCAGUCUUAUACUGGCACUAUUUGCAACAGGAAAGCAAUAAGAGACUGUGGCAGCCCUCUGAGCCCUACAAGGGACGGGUUCAGCUUCUGGACGACAACAAGAAGUCUUGGAACAAGUCCAUAGUUCUGAAGGAGGUCCAGUGGGCCGACAGUGGGAGGUACGAGUGCAAACUGACCGUCACCACGCAGAGGGAGGGCAGCUUCAGGAAGAAAGGAAACCUAACCUCACUCGCAGUUCAUGAUUCCAUGCUGUUUAACCUGACCGGCCACAACGCCUCGCUGCUGCGCUGUGAGGUGAAUGUGACGCAGGACGCCGGCUUUGCUCUGACAGUCCUUCAUGGCAGCUGCAGACUCCGCAGUGUGAACUCAGCUUCAGGAGGAAACGUCUCCCCUCAACCCUAUGUCACACUUUCUGAAACCAUCGCUGUGCAGGCUGGAGGAAAAUAUGAGUGUCAGCUGCAUCUGAAGGAGGAUCUGAUAAUUAAGAGUGUCUUCCACAACAACUUGCUGGAAGGGGCUCAGACUAAUGCGACGGCAUGUUCGCCGGACAUUCCUGUGGUGGUUGGGCCAGAGUACCCCGAGCCGUGGCUGCUGUACAUGGCCCUCCUGCUGGUGCCCAUCACCGUCCUGCUCGGACUCGCAACCGCCAUGCUGAUCAGGAGAGGAGUCUGAGACGGAGGUUCGGUCUGUCAGCAGAGAAAUCACAACCAGGAUGAAACGAACGAGAGGAGAAGCAGCUCUGCAUCCCCAAACAGCGUGAAGACUGUCAGCGAUGAGGCUUCAUUUUCACUCAGGACACAGCCAGCGCUUCACAAAGAGACACAGACGAUCACACAGCGGCAAAAUGAUCAGAACGUGACACAACAUAUGACAAAAGUGAUACAAAAAGAUACAAAAACAACCAAGAUUAGACACAAAGCAACCACAGACCCAAGAGGGACGAAGACUGGCUCCAAAGAAAUCCAAAACGACUAAAAUGAAAUUCAAACAUCCACAAAGAAAGACUAAAUGGCUGUAAAGACAUACAAAAUGGUCACAAAUGAUGUAAAUGUAACACAAAAUGACCCAGUCACAAAUGUGACCAAAAAUGAUCACAAAAAGAUAAAAUUUAACCAAAAAUUGGUCAAAUGUGAAACAAAACAACCACAAAAAAGAUGCAAAAAAACACACCGAAAUUGUUCAAAUGUGAAGCAAGACGACAAAAAAAGAUGGAAAACAACCGAAAUCUGGUCAAAUGUGGAGCAAAAUGACCACAAAAAUGAGGCACAAUGACCAAAAUGUGACGUAAAACAACCACAAAAAGCUGUAAAACAACCAAAAUCUGGUGAAAUCUGACCCAAAAUUAUCACAAAAACGUAAAAAUUAAACAAAACAUUGGUCAAAUGUGAAGCAAAAUGACAAAAAAGAUGUAAAACAAUCUGAAUUGGAUUAAAUGUGAAGCAAAACACUCAAAAAAAGACAUAAAACAACCAAAAUCUGGUCAAAUGUGAAACAAUAUGACCACAAAAAUGAGGCAAAAUGACCAACAUGUGACACAAAACAACCACAAAAAGCCGUAAAUUUGAUGAAUUUCUCUUUUUCUUUGUAUCAGAACCUAAUUUGGAAAAACCAAACUGAUAAACCUCCUCCACAGACAUGUCCAGUACCAGACUUCAUUCAUAAUGCUGCCAGUUUGCACUCGCUGCUGCUGUGUCUGUAAAUAUGUAAGAGUCAGUAAAUGAAAUGUCAGCGCUCCUCUGAUGAAAGACGUUAGUGACUGAAGUUAAUCCGCUUAUUUAAAAAAUGAAGAGUGAUGCUGGAGGUACAUGAAGGUCACAGAGGGCUGAUAUUCAUUCACAUAAUGUAUCAAGUGUUAACCCUGAAUCACUUCACCUCAAAUCGUCACAUGAUUACAACAGUUUCUGCUCAGCCGUCUCUGAUUGGACAGGUUUUUUUAUGUCAUUAAAUAUGGAUGUUAAUAAGGAAAAUCUGUGAGACUUUC